AUGAAAGAACGCAUAAAGAAAGUCGAUCAGGCUUGGGAGACGGCCCCCCAGAAGAGCCAUACUGGUAGAAGAAGCGAAACAAAUGGAAAACCGACCGAGAAAAACAAUAAACCAAAAGUACCAAAGAAGCAGUUUCCUUUUGUGAAACACCAGGAAAAUGCCAAAUGGUAUGAUUAUCAGAUAAACGAAAGGCUCGGAGCGGACGACUCGACUCUUCCAACUGAAAAGUUUAAAGAAAUAUUUGAUGAGGCACACAUGCUUUUACAAAACGAUGUUUAUCUCUACAAUCAAUUGAUGAGGUCACAAGGCGGGUCUGAAGCGGCAUGGUUACAGACUGUGGUUUCGAAAGGAACGUCCGGCGAUCGAAUGACAGCUAUGCAACUGCAAAUCACAAAAAGUCCUGUCCAUGGGAUAUCUUUCAUCAGUGAACUGGUUCGACAGUGCGAGAAGCAGAAUAUCCGGCAAUCGAUGGAGACUAUGCCUCUCUUGGAAAAGAUUUUGAUUGACGAAUUGUUGCCCGAGACGAGGAAGUUGAUUUCAUUUGAAAUGCGCCCACUGGCUCGACUAAACGAAAUUGCUUCUGGUAGUGAACAAGGACGAAAACGAAUCUUGGUCUUGUGGAUGUUCGAGCAUGAGCUCAAGAAGAUUUAUGCGUCUUUUAUUAAAAGUCUUGAACUAUUGGCAAAUGGAGCAGUUGAAACCGCAAUUCUUCGCUCAGUUAAAAUUAUUUCCAACCUAUUGGCAGAAAGGCCAGAAGCUGAGGCGCAACUUCUCACCAGUCUUGUCAACAAGUUGGGACAUCCAAAUUACAAAGUCGGUGCUCGAAUUGCUCAUUUGUUAGAAGGUGUUUGUGCAAGACAGCCCGCUAUGAAACAAGUGGUCGUUACUGAGGUUGAGCGACUAGUUUACAGAAAGAAUAUCAACGAUCGAGGACACCUUUAUGCGGCAACCUUUCUUUCACAAUUACCAUUUAGUCGUCAUGAUCCAGAAUUGGCUGUUCAAGUGCUUUCGAUCUACUUCGGACUCUUCAAAACUUUGGUGGCUCGGAAAAAGACAGAACCAAGACUUUUGCGCAUUUUAUUGACGGCUUCAAAUCGAGCUUUUCCUUUUGCAAAAGCCAAAGCCGAAUCCCUUGUUUCGGACAUCGACACUUUAUACAAAUUGAUGCACACGUCAACUUUCACUGUUUCUUUGCAAACCCUGAAGCUGCUCUUUCAAGUUCUUGAGCUUAGUGAUUCAUUUUCCGAUCGCUAUUAUUCGGCACUGUAUCGGAAGCUUUUUGAUCAAGUUCCCGCGAAAAUGUUUCGACAAUUUUUAAGCCUACUUUUCAAGACGAUGAAAGCCGACACAAUGGAAACUCGUGUUCGUGCUAUGGUGAAACGAUUAUUGCAGGUUGCUGUGAAUGAUUCUGCUCCUUUUGCUGCCGGAAUUCUCGUUUUGGUUUCGAAGUUGGCCGAGGAACGUCCUAAUGUGAUAAUGCUGAAACGGUUAUCAUCCAUGGCAGAACUUCAAUCUCCAAAAUCUGCUGCGACAGCAGUCAAUGAGGAUGAUGAUGAAGAAAUCUACGUAGAUUUGGACGAUGAAGGGAAGCCGAUUAAACCAAUUAAGUCGGAGAUUGUUAAAAAAGAAGGAGAAAAUGAUGUGAAACCUGACAAGGAUAAACUUCAAAAGGCUGGCGGCGGUAAAAAUGGUCAAGGAUGGGUCCAUAAAAACAAUCAAGCACAUCGUGGAGCGAUUUCCAUUUACUCGAGUGAGGCGAGAAAUCCUCUGUUUGUAGCGGCAAAUGACUACGUGGAUACUGAGCUCGUUCUUUUGUCGAAGCAUUACCAUCCGUCUAUCGCAAUUUUUGCAAACAAUAUUCUAAAGGGUAAAGCUAUAAGAUACAACGGGGAUCCACUUGAAGAUUUUACUUCGAUUCGAUUCCUUGAUCGAUUUGUCUACAAAAAUCCAAAAGAUAGGAAAGCUAUCACUUCCACAAAGAUUAUUCGAAGAAAAGUUUACGAUCCAUGGGGUGUCAAAAAGUUGAAGAUCGCUUCUCGGGAGUAUUUGAUGAAAAAACAAGAAGAAAUUCCCGCAGAUGAACGCUUCCUGCAUCGCUUUGCUACACUCAAAUUUCAACCAAAAGAAGCUGAUAAGACCAAAGACGAAGAUUGGGAUGAGAUUGGAAGUGUUAACAGCGAGGAAAUGGAUCGUUUGCUUGAACGACUUGAACCAGGAGAAGCUAACGAUGAAUUCGAUAUUGACUUCAAGAAUGAAUUUUCGGUUGAGAAAAAACGUAAAGAGAAACCACAAAAGCGUAAAGCCGAAGAAUCCGAUGGCGAAGACGAUGAUCUACUCGAGGAUGGACUGAGUGAAGAUGAAGAUGGUGGAGACGAAGAUGAUGUUGAGGAUGAAGAUGAGGAUGACUGGGAUGAUGAGGAUGUCGAAAUGGAAGGCGACGAAAGUGAUGAGGAAGAUGAUGGUGGUCUUUUCUCUCGAAAAACUAGCAAGAAAAAGGGUGGCAUGGAUGAUGAGUCCGAUGACGAAGACUUUGGUGAUGCGGAUGCGUUUGUUUCGGCUGAUCGGUUUGCCGAAAUGCUGGAAGAAGGUGGUGAAGAUGAGGUCAACAAGAAAAUUCGAAAGAAGAUCAAGAAACCGAAAGGAUUUAAAAAGCGUCGU